UACUUAGUUUACGCGAACAGAAAUUCUCUCACAUACAUAUACAUUGUAUAUGUAUAUAUAUAUAGAGCUCAGCCAAUGGCCGGCCCAGACCAGCACUACUUAUCUCCCUGACAUGCACAUAAGUUGGCGAGGGAAAUGGAUUCUUCCUUGUGUUGCAUAGCAUGGUCUUUCCUGCUUGCUAGCUUAGCUUCAUUGAUUAGCCGGCCUGCGCUGGUUACCGGCAGCCCACCUGGGCCCGUUGUUCACUGCACGUCUGGGAACACCAAUUGCCUGGUCCAGAAUGCUUAUGGAGCAUUUUCGGACCGCCAGGCCUGCUGGGUUGCGGCUGUUGCCUACCCUACCACGGAGGAUGAGCUCCUUGUCGUCGUCUCCAACGCCUCCAUGGCCAACCGGAAGAUGAAGAUCGUCACACGUUACUCUCACAACCUCCCCAGGCUCUGCUGCCCCGGCGGCCCCCCCGGCACCGGUCUCGCGAUCAGUACCGAAAAACUGAAUCGUGUUGUCCGAGUGGACGUGGAAUCCAUGAGGAUGACCGUGGGGAGUGGCAUCGCGCUAUAUGAGUUGAUUGAGGCUGCUGCAGCUCACGGUUUGGCCCUGCCCAAUUCUCCAUACUGGUUCGGCCUGAGCUUGGGUGGGGUGCUGAGCACAGGCGCCCAUGGUAGCUCCAUCUUCGGCAAAGGGAGCGCUGUCCACGAGUAUGUGGUCGGCAUGAGGAUUGUCGUGCCGACGUCGUCGCCCGACGUUGAUGGCUAUUUCGCCAAAGUCAUCUGCCUGGAAGAGGAUGACCCUGACCUUCUAGCUGCAAAAGUGUCGCUUGGUGUGCUUGGAGCAAUUUCUCAGGUGACGUUGCAGAUGGAACCAAUGUUUAAGAGGUCCAUAACGAAUGAAGCUGGUGGAGAUGGUAGUUUUGAAGAAUUAAUUGAAAGAUUCGGUAGAACCACCGAGUUUGGCGAUAUUACCUGGUAUGCCUCUCAAAGGAUCGUGGUUCACCGUGUGGAUUUCCGAGUACCAUUGACAGAAGCCGGCAACGGCGAAAAUGAUGUGAUCGGAUUGAGGUCACAGCCCACAUCUGCGGUCGUGUCUGCGCGUAUGACAGAAGAAGAAAUUGAGGCCACCAGGAACUCCACCGGCGGAUGCAUGCUAGCAGAAGCACGCAUUAACGGUACCCUCUCUCUUGGCAAUGGCCUAAGGAACAACCUGAGCUGUCAGGCUGCAUUUACAGGGUACCCUGUUGUUGGAAACCAUAGCCACCUGCAAGCUGCAGGCUCAUGCCUAUUCGACAGGGAAAAUGGCCUGCUCACCGUUUGUGCAUGGGAUCCAAGGAUCCAUGGUUCCUUCACUGAUCAGUUGGCCUUUAGCAUCUCCCUGGCGACUAUCUCAGACUUCGUAAGAGAUGUCAAGAAGCUAAGAGACAUGGUGCCUCGCUCGCUUUGCACCUUCGACUGGUACAACGGCAUCUUGUUGAGGUUCGUCAGGGCUUCGACUGCGUAUCUCGGCAAGACGUCCGAUUGCGUCGACAUAGACAUCACAAUUUACAGGGAGCAUGAUCCUUCGCAGCCAAGGCUCAAUGAGGAUGUGCUGGAGGAGGUUGAGCAGAUGGGGCUGUUCAAGUAUGGGGGGCUGCCACAUUGGGGAAAGAACCGCAACAUUGGUUUCUUGGGGAUGAAGGAGAAGCUGGAUGGAAGAAUAGAGAAGUUUGUGAAGGUGAUGACCAAAUUUGAUCCCAAAGGGUUGUUCUCCUCAGAGUGGAGUGACAGUGUUUUGGGCUUGCAAGAGAAGGGGUUGGUGAUUGACAAGCCACGGUGUGCACUAGAAGGCUUAUGCAUUUGCUCUCUUGAUUCACACUGUGCCCCAGACAAAGGCUACUUCUGCAGACCUGGCCUUGUGUACAAAGAAGCCAGAGUCUGUCGCUAUGAAGAGUAUAUCGCUUAAUGCACUCGUAUCUGCAUCAUAUAUACUGUCUGUAUUGUGUUAAAUGAUCUUGAAUAAAUGGAAGAUUCGUCUC